AUGGUCUCAUUCCGAGCAGCUGGUGGUGUUUUUGCAGCCAUCAUGCUUAUAAUGUAUAUCUGCUCGAAGCACGUCGGUCCCGGCGUAAGUGUUGGGCGCACUGUAGUCAUUGAAUGCCUUCUUUACGGUUUUCUACUCUUAAGCGUUUAUUCUUCUUGUAUGAGGGAGCGGGCGACUGUGCUGCUCAUGGAUAGCAUUUGCGCAGCUGUUGUUGUAGCUACGAUGCCGCAGGGGAUUUCCACACAAACGGAGCAGCCCACUCUUCCUUUCCUGAUGUUGUGUUAUUGGAACUGUUUGUUGCUGGGUACAUGA